CCACCUCCAGAAUAAAGUAAUGGCUCCUCGGAUAAGACUAAACAUAGCAAAGUCUCUCCCGACCAUAAAUGAAGCCCGAGAAGAUACUCUUGAAGACACAAUGAGCAAUACAAAAACCUUUGAAAAUGUUUGUGUGAGCCCAGACUGUUCCUCUGGUGAAGACUACCUUCAGUCUAUUUGCCAGCUGGCAAAACCCACAUUUCCUGUAUCACCAGGAAGUCAGCAAAAAAUCCAAGUAGAAAUGUUGCACAGUGGCCACAGAGGCUCAAAUUUGUCUGAAACACCAAAAAUGGCCCCCAGAAUUAAAGUAACCAACACCCUUCUCAGUGUGAGAUCACUGCAAAGAAAUGUUCUUGAUCAUGUCAAAACCUACUCUCAUUCUAGGGCAGACCCACUGGAAGAGCUGUAUACAGAUCCUCAGAAGACCAAUUAUUGGAGAUGUCCUAACAGAAAUGAGAGUGUUGUUUUUGAUUAUUCACAGCACAGUUGCCAUGGAACCAGACUAUCCAAAUCUCAAGAAAAAAAUAAAGAUAAAAAAGAUGUCAUCAGUUUCCCCAGGCUUCCUUCCCCAAGACCAAUGCAGAGGGGAAACAGUUGCCCAGAGCUAAAGAGUCUGCAAACCCAAGGGAAGAUGCCUAUUCUGGAACAUGGCCCCAGCCAGAAAGAAAAUGACCCUCUUGUUAUUAAUGGCAAACCGAUCUGGCUGUGUCCAUCUCGAGAAAAUCCAGUGAGUGCCAAGUUUUUGAGAUGCUCCCAUAGAGAACAGCAGCCUCUGAAUGCAGCGACAGUCCCUGAAAAAGAGCGACUGAAAUCUUUCACUUAUAACCAAAAUAUAAGGAGCAUAGCAAGUAGCAGAGAAGGAUGUGUGGGGUUCUUCCACAACAGUCAGAAAGCCUCUACCCAUCACUGGAUUUCAGAAUACCAGUGUGCUUGGAAAGAAGCAAAGCUCAGAGCUUGCUUGCUGCCUUCUAUUUCAGAAUCAUGACUUGCUACUUUAUUGGUUGAAAAUAUUGACAUCUCUUUUUGUCUUUUGUGAAGUGCGUUCUAUGAUGGGUUUUUUUAAAAAAAAAUAUAUACAAAAUGAUGAUUUACAGGUAAAUGUAAAUCACAAUCUCUGUUGUUCUAUGACCUAUAAAAAUGGCUGAGAAUCAAAGUGUGAACAAACAGCGGUGACAUCUGGAGCAUAUAUUGCAGGCUCUGAUGUAGAAUUGUAAUUAUUGUACAUUUUGUAACUUGGUGUGUGAAAACAGAGACAUAAUUGAUAUGUCAAUUCCUUUAAGCUCCAUGGGGCUAGGGCUGAAGCCUAUUCAUAUUUCAGGUACAUAGGGGGUGUUUAUGGGAGGGGGAAAUCUAUGGCAGCACAAUUUAAAAUUCUGCAUGUGCUGAUCCUGAAAAAGCAUCAAAGAAGGAGUAAUACUCAGAUGCCUUCCCCACUCCCCCAAGGAUGCCGACUACAUUGCUGUAUUUAAGAACAUAACAACAAAACAGAAGCACAGGACUCAUUCAUAUGCUUUGCUGAACUCCCCCCAUGGCGAUUCAUGCAUACAUCUGCGCCAUCAACUUAUAGUAAACCUAAACUGGCCUCCAUUUCAUCUCCUCAUUACGGAGCAGGCACCUUUAUGUAAGCCCUUCUUGCCAUCUAGCACUUCCUCAGAGGAAGUAAGGCCCCUUGUGCUUCCCAAACAGCUUCUAGCCCUAUUGCAGAGUCUUCUUCUCCCCCAUAAUCUCUGUUAUGUUAUAUAACCCAAUGUUUUUUGUUUGUUUUACAAGAAUAAAAGAGAAUCUACAACCAUGGGAGUGGGGCGAAGGCUAAAAUGAGCCAUUUAGGAACAUUGUAUGUUCCUUUUUGCCCUGAAACAGAAGAAGCCCUGUCCACAUGUUAAAGUAAAUCCUGCAUGUAUGCAUGUAUGUAUGCCUGUUUGGAAAAACAAGCCAACUUGCAUUCACUUUACAAAUAAAACCCGUUGGUGUUUACAUUACAUUUAA